AUGCCCUCUCCUGCUUAUGAGUAUGAGACGAUAGGCCGUCGUUCGACGGUUUUCAGCACCAAAGGAGUGGUAUGUUCUUCACAAGCGCUAGCAUCCGAAGCAGGAUUGAGGAUACUGAGAGCAGGGGGAAAUGCUGCGGAUGCCGCUGUCGCAAUGGCUGCCGCUUUAAAUGUAGUAGAGCCUUGUAACACAGGUAUUGGAGGUGACGUCUUUGCAUUGUUCUAUUCAGCAUCCACACGUUCAGUACAUGCCAUCAACGGAUCUGGCCGUUCUCCCUCGGCUUUGACCUUAUCCAAAGCUCGAGAAUUAGGAGUGAAGGGCAAACAUUUCGAAGCAGAUAGUAUACAUGGAGCUACUGUACCCGGGGCAUGUGCAGCUUGGUGUGAUAUCUUCGAUAAGUGGGGAAGUGGGAAAGUCAAUUUGGAAGCAAUCUUUGAACCUGCUAUUACUCUCGCUGAAGAUGGGUUUGUUGUGCACCCACAAGCUGCGUAUGAAUGGGAAACAUACACUUCUUUCCUUAGAAGACAAGCAUCUGGCACAGAUUAUCCCUUUUUGGUAGAUGGUGAAACACCGAAAGCAGGCGAAUAUUUCAGUAACCCUGCGCUUGGGAAGACAUUCAGAACCGUAGUGGAAGAGGGAAAAGACGGUUUCUACAAAGGACCUGUCGCUCAAGCUAUCAUAAAUGAAUUACAGAAAAGAGGAAGUUUCAUGACAUUGGAAGACCUUAUAUCCCAUACUUCAGAUUUUGUCCAACCCAUUUCGUACACUUAUGGACCUGACAAACUGACUGUACACGAAUGUCCGCCAAAUGGUCAAGGACUUGCAGCUUUGAUCGCGAUUGGUAUAAUAGAUGUUUUGAGUGAAGAUGGUGUAAUAGAUUUAGACAAGUACGAAGAAGGAGGUGCAGAAUGGCUGCAUGCACUCAUAGAAGCCAUGCGACUAGCAUUCGCAGAUGCCCAUGCCUUUAUAGCUGAUCCUAAAUUCUCAAAUGUACCCAUUGAUAUACUCUCAUCGAAAGACUAUCUUCGGGAACGAGCCAAGCUGUUUGACCCUAAGAAAGCGGUCGCCCAGUUUCAUCAAGGCCGACCAAUCCCUUCAAGUGAUACGGUGUACUUCACUGCAGCUGAUUCAGAAGGAAAUGCAAUCUCUAUGAUUAACAGCAAUUACUUGGGAUUCGGUACCGGCAUCGUCCCGGAAGGAUGUGGAUUCAGUAUACAGAAUCGAGGUAUGGGAUUCAGCCUUGAAGAAGGAUCUCCAAAUGUAUUAGAAGGUGGAAAGAGACCUUUCCAUACAAUCAUACCGGCAAUGGUAACGCAAGGUGACGAGCUAUUCAUGUCCUUCGGUGUCAUGGGAGGAGCUAUGCAACCCCAAGGACACUUACAAACUUUCCUCAAUAUCGUCCACCGAUCACAUCAUGCUCAAGGUGCAUUGGAUGCCAAGCGUUUUUGCCUCGGUGGACUUGCUUGGUCCGUACCCGGCGAUGUCCCGUUUUACAACGAUCACGUUGCUAUAGAAUAUGGUAUCUCUCCAGAGACGAUCGACCAAUUGAAAGAAAUGGGACAUAACGUCAAAGUAAUCAAAGGAUCGGAACAGGUCGUUUUCGGAAAGGGGCAGAUCAUCUUGCGUACAAUAGACAAAAGAAGUGGGAAACGAGUUUGGGCAGCCGGAAGCGAUCCAAGAGGCGACGGGUGUGCUUUACCUCAGAUUUGA